AUGAUCAAGAGCAUACUUUCCAUUCAUUUUUGCUUUCCAACAGUUUUAGCUUUGAUAGCUUUACCAGGUCAAAUUCCAUAUUGGGCUGGAAGCGCAACACCUGCUUCAUUGCUUGGGAAUAACCUUGGUCUUUCUCAAUUAUUGUCGAGCAUACAACUUUCAAACUUGGGUCUUGGAGGUUUAGGAAAUUUAUUGGGUUUUGGAGCUUCUACUGGCUUAUCUGGGUUAAGUGGUUUGACUGGUUUAGGUGGACUUUCUGGGCUAGGUGGCUUGACUGGUUUGGGUGGAUUUUCUGGUUUAGGCAGUUUUCCUGGUCUAGGCGGUGGAGGCUUUCAAGUUAUACAAAUACCAAUUGGAGAUUCUGGUAAUAAUAAUUCACCAUCUUGCAUUCCAUGUUCAUAUUGCACGCCAACAAAUUAUCCAACAAAUAAUCAGCCAACAAGUUGUAUAAAUUUAACUCCACAACAGCCUUCAACAAAUGGUCAAAUUUGCUGCUGCUGUACUAAUUCUAUGCCGAUGGUUGGAGCCUUAAGAAGGUGA